CUCAAGUCCAAGAGAGCUGAUCAUCGUAUUGGUUUUCUACUGGGAACUCGAACCGGUACCAAGCGAGAAGUCGGAAAUGCAAGAAUAUCUGAGAACCGUCCAGGGGAGAAUCACUGAUAGUAUAGUUCUCGGAACUGUUAUGUCCAUUAAUUCCCACAUUAUCAAUGGCGAAGUUGUCAUCUUAGCAAGCCACGGGCAAGCGGGGCCUGGUAAAUCGGCUUCCAUCCGACUAUACAGCGCCACGGAGCUCGACCCGAAAACCAGUCGAGGAAAGCUGAGCAAAGAAGUGAGGCUCAAGCAUGGGAGAAGCAAGAAAGAUAAGGGGCUCAAAACUGUGACAUACCGAGUCAAGAUCAGAGUCGAUACAGAAUUUGGGAUUCCCGGCGCUCUUGUUAUCAAUAACAAACACAAGAACAAGUUCUUCCUCCAGUCGGCUUCUUUCCAGGUCCCGAGUGGCCGUACUAUCCACUUUGACUGCAACUCUUGGGUGUAUCCUGUUAAGAAAACCAAUGCUGAUAGAAUUUUCUUCUCGAACAUGAGUUAUCUCCCGAACCAAACACCGGAAGCUCUGGAAGAGCUGAGGAGGGAAGAACUCAGUUGCUUGAGAGGAGAUGGAACCGGAAAACGAAAGGAGUGGGACCGGAUAUACGACUAUGAUUACUACAACGAUCUCGGGAAUCCUGACCGAGGAGAGGAACAUGUAAGACCUGUCCUGGGCGGGAAUGCAUCAUAUCCCUAUCCUCGUAGGCUCCGGACAGGCCGCCCUCCCAGUGAGAACGAUCCUUCAUAUGAGAGCAAGCCAGGAAUGAUGAGCUUGAACAUAUUCGUUCCUCCUGACGAGCAAUUCAACCCGAGGAAAUUACCAGCAUUGCUCUCGAAUUCAAUUCAGUCUGCAGUUCAUUUCCUUGUGCCGGAAGCAAGGUCCUUACUCCGAGAUGAUUCAGAUAGUUUCGACUCAUUUGAUGAGAUACGAGGAUUGUUCGCUAGGAAAGAGAAUAGAAAACCGGCAUCAGAUGAGCAGCCCAAAAAGAAGACUUCGCACCGUAAAAAGCAGGGCCUCACGAAAUUCCCGUUGCCUCAGAUAAUAGCAGAAGAUGAGUGGGCUUGGAAGAGCGAUGUGGAGUUUGCACGCCAAAUGCUAGCCGGAGCAAAUCCAGUACGAAUUCAGUGCUUGCAGGAAUUCCCUCCGUUGAGCAGGAGUGGAGCGCUAAGUUCAAUAGAGGAAGCAGACCUAGAGCCCAACCUCGAAGGACUGACACCCGAGCAGGCCAUGCUCCAGAUGAGAAUGUUCAUCCUCGAUCACCACGACCAUCUCAUGCCGUUUCUGGACAGAGUAAACAGGAAAGAUGUUCGAGCUUAUGCGUCCCGGACAUUGCUAUUCCUUAGAGAAGACUCCACGUUGAAGCCGGUGGCAAUCGAGUUGAGCCUCCCGGGAACCCCUUAUGGCAUGGAGUUCAAUAGGGUGUUUCUCCCCGCCCUUGGUAGUCGAGGAGACCAGGAAGCGGCUCUGUGGCAACUUGCCAAGGCCCAUGUCUCAGCCAACGACUGCGCAUACCAUCAUCUAAUCAGCCAUUGGUUGCAUACUCAUGCUGUGGUCGAGCCAUUCAUUAUUGCCACGAGAAGACAGUUGAGCGCGAUGCACCCAAUACACCGACUACUAGACCCACACUUCAAGGACACCAUUCACAUCAAUGCACUGGCUCGGCUGAUCCUCAUGAACUCUGGAGGGAUGCUCGAGACGAUUCUGUUCACGAAGAAGGUGUCGAUGGAGCUGUCCUCAAUGUUGUACAAGGAAUGGAGAUUCGAUGAACAAGGCCUCCCUUCUGACUUAUUGAAGAGGGGAAUGGCCAUAGAUGAUCCGAGUAGCCCUGCCGGAGUCCAGCUUCUCUUCGAAGACUAUCCCUAUGCUGCAGAUGGGCUCGAAAUCUGGACCGCCCUCAAGACAUGGGUAACCGAUUUCUGCUCCAUCUUUUACAGGGACGACAGCUCUGUCCAAUCCGAUGAAGAGCUACAAGCAUGGUGGUCAGAGAUUCGGAACGUGGGGCACGGGGAUAAGAAGGACGAGACAUGGUGGUACGACAUGAGGACGCUUACUGAACUCAUUGAGGCCAUCACUACUCUCAUAUGGAUCACCUCGGCCCUUCAUGCUUCGGUAGCCUCUGGCCAGUAUACAUACGCUGGCUUCCCUCCCAACCGCCCAGGACUCUGCAGACGGUUCGUUCCAAAGGAAGGCACUUUCGAGUUUGGCCAGUUCCUAAGAGAAACCGAUAGAUACUAUCUCGAGUUGUUGCCAGGAAGAUCCGACAUGACCUUAAUGGUAGCACUAAUGGAAGUCCUGUCUCGGCACACAUCGCAUGAAGUAUACUUGGGGCAGAGGUCAUUGCCGGAGUGGACUGAUAAUGGAGUGAUUCUACAGAAGUUUGCAAAUUUUAAUGGAAAUCUAAGACAGAUAGAAGAAAGGAUCUUGGAAAGGAACAAAGAUCCGAAUCUUAAGAACAGGUUUGGACCAGCCAAAAUUCCGUACGAACUUCUAUACCCGAAUGCCUCAAAUGCAGAAAGGGCACCUGGAAAUGCCGGUAAAGGGAUACCAAACAGCAUAUCUAUUUGAUGAGAUAGCAGCAAUACCAAAUGCUUAUC